CUGUGCCGAGCGGAGGUGUGUCAGCCAGUCCUCUCAAAGGUCAUGUCAGGUACAUGAUAAUGAGAGGGGACGUCACACUGGGGGAUAUAAGACCGAGACAGAGUGGCUGUCAGCAAACCGCUCAGAGAGCUACUACAAGCGACGGCCUGCGCGCAGGGUGCCAGACCCACACGACUUCUCUGUUACCCAGGGAUACCUCAGAAGCUACACUGGAGAACAUGCUGUUCUGGCACUCCCAACCUGAACCCUACCAUCAGCACUCAUCUGCCAGCUACAUACGAGAAGCAUUAGCACCUUUCCUGAAACAAGAGGAGGAGCGUCACGAUUCAGAAAACGCCACCAAACUGUCCCCUUUCCAAUAUGUUCUGUGUGCACCCACAUCGCCGGCUGUAAAACAACAAGAAGAAACCCUGACCUAUCUCAACCAAGGUCAGUCCUACGAAAUCCGUAUGCUUAACAGAAAACUAGUGGAGUAUACAGAUAUAAGCAGCAAAUGUGUAAAGAGCAUAGUCCGAGUGGUGUUCCACGACCGCCGACUGCAGUACACAGAACACCAGCAGCUGGAGGGAUGGAAGUGGAACAGGCCUGGAGACAGGAUCCUGGAGAUCGACAUCCCCCUGUCUGUGGGCAUUGUGGACCCUCAAGCUCACCCUCUGCAGCUCAACACCCUUGAGUUCCUCUGGGAUCCUGUGAAGAAUGCCUCAGUGUUCAUCCAGGUAAACUGUAUCAGCACUGAGUUCACCCCCAGGAAGCAUGGAGGGGAGAAGGGGGUUUCUUUCCGAAUCCUGAUCGACACGUUUGCCCAGAAUGAACAUGGGGAGUACCAGGACCAUGUCCACUCCUCCAGCUGUCAGGUCAAGGUCUUCAAGCCAAAAGGAGCAGAUCGCAAGCUUAAGACAGACCGGGACAAAAUGGAUAAAAAGUCUCUCCUGGAUAAAGAGAAAUAUCAGCCUUCCUAUGAUACCACCAUGCUGACAGAGUGUUCCCCAUGGCCUGAGGCCCCAAACCUGAUCAGCACUAGCAGCACUCCAUCCCCAGUCUACCACCACAGCUCCCCCACCCCCUGCAGAUUUACUGAUGGCCACAGUUCUCCACACCCGGGGGGGGAGUUGCUGUCUCCUGGCUGCUCUGAUUCCCUGCUGCCAUCGUCCUCCCCCCAGCACACUCAGCAGUGGCUGCAGCUCCACAGGUUCUCUCCCUUCUGCAGGCUCUUCUCCAGCUUCACAGGUGCGGAUCUGCUGAAGAUGAACCGCGAAGACCUGAUCCAGAUCUGUGGGCCUGCUGACGGAAUCCGUCUCUUUAACAUCAUCAGAGGAAGGGCGAUCCAGCCUCGCCUCACAAUCUAUGUGUGUCAGCAACAGAGCAGGAACCAGCCUCCGACUAAACCAGGGAACGGGCUCAUCUACCAUGCUCUGUACCUGGAGAAGCUGACACUGAGAGAGCUGUCUGAGAAGAUAGCCCAGCUGUACAGCGUUCCACCACAGCACAUCAGCCUCAUCUACAGACAGGGCCCCACUGGGAUCCAUGUCCUGGUCUCUGAUGAGAUGGUUCAGAACUUCAGUGAAGAGGCGAGUUUCAUCAUCAGCACUCUGAAAGAUGAAAACAACGAUCGCUACCACAUUGUUCUGAAAUGACUAUACAACAGAAGCACUGGGGCCCAACAAUCUAGCUUCUACAACCUUCAGAAGAUGCUUGGUCAGGUUCAUUCAAACUUGUGUUUGUACAAAUUUGACUAUAUCUAAACUAUAGCUUCUAUUACUCUGUAUACAUUCAUUUAUAUAUUGUAUAAAGCAUUAAGAAACUUACAGAGAGAAAAUGUCAUAAGACACUAUUAAAACAAAGUUGUUGUUUGUUGUGUAUUUCCAUUGUUUCCAUCAAGGCAGUGUUUAAUAUCAGGAUGUUUAUUUCUUGCUACAUGUCCUGCUUGAACUUAAUAAGAAAAUGACUUGCAGAAAAGGCAAAUGAACAAAGUUUGUGUACGUGUAAUUAAUGUAAAAUUAUUUCCAUGUUCAAUUUUAAAUAUGUUACAUAGCCUAUAUUACUGUGCAGCAAACCAGAUAGCCAGUAUAAUGAAUUGUCAACAUAUUGAUCAUAAAUCCUCCCAAUAAGUGUAAUGAAUAACUGUCUUUUAAGGUGGUAUUUCUGCUUGGAUUUGUGAGAAACUAUUUGACGGGACAGCCAUGACUUCAAAGAUGAGG